AUGGUGCGUCAGCUGCACGACGGUAUGAUGGUGCGAGUCACGGACAACGGAGCUGUCUCAGAGGCAUUCGCAGUGACCAAUGGAGUGAAGCAGGGCUGCGUACUGGCGCCUACCCUCUUCAGUCUUAUGUUCUCUGCCAUGCUGAUGGACGCCUACCGCGACGAACGCCCCGAGAUCCGCAUCGCCUACAGGACGGACAGUCACCUCCUGAAUCAACGGCGGAUGCACUUCCAAUCUCGCGUAUCCACAACCACCGUUCACAAACUCCUCUUCGCCGACAACUGUGCCCUAAACACCACCUCGGAAGAGGAGAUGUAA